CCCCAACGAUCCAACGGACCUCAACACCUCUCCACCUCAACGCUGCAACUCCACCCGCAUUCCCGGAGCUCCUCCCUCCUUACCCGGCCUGUCCCCCAAACCCUACCCGUAUUCCCUAUUCUGCCCUCCACCUUUCCACCCAAUUCCCUCCCUAUCCCUCACCCUCAUACUGUGAUCUCGGAUUCUGUCCAUGAACAAAUUUUCCGCUCCCUUGUCUUCACGUUUCCUCGAAUUUGUUGCUUCUCUGUAUUUGCUUUCUGAUAUAAAUUUCUUUUUUUGUACCUUAAAAUUUGUUGAGUUAGUUCUUUGUAGAUGAAAAGUUUUGAAGUUUAAUCAAUUUUUGUGAAAUUCACUUAGAGCCAGAAUAAAUUUCAUAGCUGAAAAGUUUUGGAUUUGGUCAAUUUUGUGCGUCUUUAUUCGAGCCAGGAAGUUUUAAUGCUGAAUUUUUGGAAUAACUUGAUCGAACCCAUUUAAUUUUUCAGCUUAAAAUUAUUCGCAUGGGUCUUUUUUUUCUGAAAUUUUGUCAGACCCAUAUGAUUUUCUAGCUCAAAGUCGUUGAAUUGGGUCUUGAUACUUAAUAGCUGAAAGUUGUGGAAUUUGGUCCAUUUUGUUGAAUUGGAUCAGACCCAGAAAAGUUUAAAGGUCAAAGUUUCUGAAUUGGGUCUAGUUUGUGAAGCUUAAGCAGACACAAAAAGCGAAAAGUUAUUGGUUGCCGAUGGCUGAUUCGGACAACGACUCAGGAGGGCCGAACAACAGCAACAACGCUAACAGCGACUUCUCGGCUCGAGAGCAAGACAGGUUCCUCCCCAUCGCUAACGUGAGCAGAAUCAUGAAGAAGGCAUUGCCCGCAAACGCCAAGAUCUCCAAGGACGCAAAGGAAACGGUGCAGGAAUGUGUGUCGGAGUUCAUUAGCUUCAUCACUGGGGAGGCCUCGGACAAGUGCCAGAGGGAGAAGAGGAAGACGAUCAAUGGGGAUGACUUGCUGUGGGCGAUGACUACUCUGGGGUUUGAGGAGUAUGUGGAGCCGCUCAAGAUUUAUCUGCAGAAGUAUAGGGAGAUGGAGGGGGACAAGACCCAGAUCGGGGGGAGGCAGGGGGAGAAGGAUGGUGGUGGUGGUGGUGGAGGAUCCGGCGGUGGAGGUUCCGCCGCCGGCGGUGGUGGUAGCGGUGGGGGAGUGAGCUCAGGGAGUGUUGGGGGUGGUGGGUUUAAUGGGGUUGGGGGAGGAGUGUAUGGUGGGAUGUAUGGUGGGGUGAUGGGGCAUCAUCAGGGACACGUGUACGGCUCUGGCGGGUAUCAUCAUGCGAGUAUGGGUGGUGGUGUUGUUGGGAAGGGUGGGUCAGGCGGCGGUGGCAGUGGUGGCGGUGGUGGUGGAGCUUCCAUUGUGAGGUUAAGGUAGGUGUGUGCUUGAUGGUUUAGUGAAGAAUAUGAUAAAAAUGACUUGUGUUAGGGUAUUUUAAUUUGCUAUUUUUUUGUACUAAAAACCUUGUGGAGUUUAGAGAGAGGAUCUCAUGUGUAAUUGUGGAGAAGAAGAUAUUGUAUGACGCAAAGUACUGAAAAAAAAGAAAACUGUAACCUCUAAUGAUAGAGCACUAGUUCUGAUUGAGGGAAAAUGUUUGUAUCAUAAGGGUUCCUUCACCUGUAGAUCGAGUUGCUCUGUUCCUUGUCCCUCAUGCUCUUUACUCUUUAGUUGGGUGAAUGAUAUGGAAGUUUCUCUGUU